AUGGCGGGUUUUGCUGCGAUCGUAUUAGCAUUAGUUAGCUGUAUGUGUUUUGGGACAACAGCACAGCCCCGCUGUAGCACUGUAGGUGCUGCAGGUUUAUUGGGAUGUGAAUGUAACUUCCUCGGCGCCUGCAAUGUUCGUGGAAAUCGAGUGUCUCGCCUAAACAUAUUGAACCAUUUGCCAAACGGUCUAGAACGGUACGCACAUGCCAAAAGCGUUGUCUCUGGAAAAGAUUUUAGGUUUUUAUGCGAAAGUAAUACGGUGGCAAUUCUUUAUGACUGUAAUAAUCGAAUACCACUUUACGCCGCGACAGUAGUUAACGGGAGCCAACUAUCGGCAGCGGACGGCCAUCGCCCAACAGGAGCGGAUGCUAAAUUUCGAGAAAGCGGGACGACGCUGAAUGGACAUUUUCAGCAGAACACAGAUGACUACUGGGAGGCCUCUAAACGCGAAAUCUACUACCAGAUACGAGGACCACGAGUGAGAAAGUUAAGAGAUAAAAAUUGGUACAAAAAAUUGAACCCGACGCCGUCUUCAGGUGAUAAGGUUAAAGUUGUAAUGCACAGGGGACACUUGAUAGCGUCCCGGUACGGAAUAGGGGAUCAAGAAAAAAAGAAACAGACUUUCGUUUACACUAAUGCCGUUCCUCAGUUUGGGGUUUUUAAUUCAGGCCCAUGGAAAACGUGUGAAGGUUACCUCGUUCGGUGGGGUCAAGUUAAUUGUUUGAGGGAAGGAACAGCAGAUGUGGUACGAAACGUUCGAAUGUUCAUUGUUGUCGGAGCGAUUCCAUCGACAUUUAAUGGUCCCUUAGAAACGAGAUUCUUUGGCAGCGGUGGAUUCAGUAACUACCAGGAUGAUACGAGUUUUCGUGUAAACGUUCCUUCAGAGAUGUGGACCGCGUCCUGCUGUACCUUUGAAUUAACUAGUGGCAGACGAACUUACUCCAUUACCAAAAAUACGGCUUUUUGGAGAGAAAACGUUCCAGGAAAGGAUGUAUGUCAAAAAAUAGACGUGGAUACGUUGGAAAGAAAGCUAACGCCGAGGGGGGAAACUAGAAUUAAUUUCUUUCCGUCCUCUAAACAAUGCAGGUGUAGUGCCAACUAUGAACCUCUGCAUUAAGUAGCUGUCUGUUUCCAUCUUCUCUAGAAAAAUGGUCCAAUUUGUUAUAAGUAGGUUUGUUAAAGUUUUUCGGGGACCAUACCGAUAUUUUUCAAUCACAGACUUAAAAGCGAUCUUUUUCCAUUUUCCUUUUUCGCCAUAAAAUUAUUAGAGUGCGAGCAGUCUGAGAGAGCAUAGUAAAAUUUGGUAACCUGUAAAUUUUCAGCCGUGUAUCUCAAAGGAAAAGAUUGCAAGAGCCACCGAAACUUAGAGGGAUUUGUAUGAGAAAACAACUCUUGCCACCCAGUCACGCUUGAGUGGUUUUCCAUACAAAUCCUUGUAAAUUUUAAAAUUUUUAAACUCUCGUUAAGUCUUUCCCUUACGUAUUUUAAGGGCUCAAAUUGCCUGUCAUGAAUAAAAAGGACAUUUGAGCCCCAUAUUGUUGCUUUUCACAUGACGUCACUAAAAUUCAAACUACAAAACUAUCGAUCCUACUGAGAUUUUACUUUCAUGGUGCAUUAGAGCAGCUAAAAACUAAUUUUCAAACACAUUUUUUCGAUUCAGAAGGGUUCUUGGUUUUGUAAUAGAGUACGCUUGAAUUUCUAUGCUUUUGCGUGACGCAGCAUUUACAUGACGGCUGAAAGAGCUGUCAUUUAGGUUGAAAAAGUGACUUUUUUCGAGGAAUUUUGCUAUUUAAACAGUUCAAGUGUUAGAAAAAGUAUUACUUUAAUGUUUAUGAGUUCCUCUUGGAGUAAAUUCCCGCUUUUGUAGCAAAACUCGGUAACAGAUGUUUCUGUUCGUUUCCGUCCGCCAUGUUGUAGCUCAUCUGGAUGAGCUCCAGCAUGGUGUUUCCAUACAAAGCUCUAUAAAUUUGGGUAAAAAAUUUCCUCGGAUAUCUCGUAUACGAGUUAUUCCUUCGACCCAAAUCUUGGCGAGGGUCUUUGUAUAUUUACCUCCUUUCAUUUCCCAGAUUCUGGACUUUAUCUGUCGAAUGGUUUUGAUUUUUAUUUUGAUCUAUUUUGGAUGGCGUGACACUGAAAACCAGCAAUUGCUUAAAAUUUCACGACGCUUUCUCAAACUCAUUAACUAGAAAUGCGUGUAUCGCAGAACCUCGCGAAGCUCGAGGAAGGGGGGAGGGGGGGGGCAUAAAGGGUUUGUAAAAUAAAGCUUACUAUAAAACGGUGAAAAGGAAGCAAGCUGUCAAUGCAGGAAAUCGCGGUGGAGUUUGUUUACUCUAGACAACAGAAAAUAAAGAAAGUUUCAUAGUAAAGACGAUAAUGGCAAAUCAUGGGUAGAAGUAAUCAUUGUUACUUCUUAGGAUGUUGCAACGCCGUACGUGUCCUCACAGCAAACAAUUAUGACGUAAAUCUUGUCAAAACUCGAAAUGACUUUUUGCUAGACUGUUAAACCGUCGUCUUGUUUUGUCUCGACCGCGAUUUCUUGCAUUGGCAGCUUUUAUCAUUUGUUUGCCCCUGAGAAACCAUGUGACAUUGUUUUUGAUAUAGCUCGAGGCAAGCACAUUUUCGACACGAUACUUGGUUUUUUAUUCCCGAUAACUGUUGCAGCUGACUGUUGUUUUCACAUGAGUAGAUUCUAAAGGUGGCUUGGAAGGAUAUCAACUUUGGAUAUUUGGAUUGGAUUCAUUUGAAAAAUACGCGUGUAGCUGUCGCAUUUGCCCACUAGAAUUGUUUAUCGUUUUUACGUUUAAAUACAAAAAAAUACCAACGGGCAAUUGCGACAGCUAUACGCGUAUGUUGCAAAUGAAUCCCCCUUGUUGCUGAAUGUUUAUUUUAUUUGGCACACAAUAAUUACAAAAAAUAAAGGAAAAGAGAGAAAAAAAGAAGUGGCGAGGAGACCUAACCUUUACUUUAACAAUAAUCUGAUUAUCUAUACUUAUUUGAAUAUUACAAAUUGAACGCUUUUGUCUUGGUUUAAAGACCAUAAAUUUUAGUCUUUUUAAGAUUUAGAGAAAGCUUGUUUGCUUUAAACCAGAUUGACAGUUUGUCCAUCUCCGAGUUCAACAUAGCUGAAAGAUAGUUCAGAUCUUUAUGUGACAUGAAUACAUUGGUAUCGUCAGCGAACAAUAUCAGAUUUAAUAGAUUAGAAGCAUUGUUAAUGUCGUUAAUGUACAGUAAGAAAAAUAGAGGUCCGAGGAUAGAACCCUGAGGGGCCCCACAAGAGAUUUCAUUUCUUAACGAACGGUGGCCAUUAUAUUCAACAUAUUGCUUUCUGUUUGAAAAGUAACUUCUUAUCCAGUCCAGCGCUAAGCCACGAAUACCGUAAUGUUUGAGUUUAUCAAAAAGGAUGACAUGAUUUACAGCGUCGAUGGCUUUAGAGAGGUCAAGAAAAAUACCUACGGAAAACUCACCUCGGUCAAAGGCCGUGGAGAUCUUGUCAUGUAAGUCGAUUACCGCGAGUGCAGUAGAAUGAUUUUUCCUGAAGCUGUAUUGGUUACUACAGAGGAUUUUGAAACUCAUCAGUUAUUGCAUUAAACGAUCGUAGAUAACUCUUUCAAAUAAUUUUGAAAAGCUGGAAAGUACCGAGAUAGGUCGGUAGUUGGUGAAAAGCGAACGAUCAUCAGAUUUAAAAAUAGGUAUCACGCGAGCGAUUUUCAUUUCAUCGGGAACAAUACCAUGCUGUUCUGCCAGACAAGAAGUGCAUACAAACACCAAAAAUGGCUUAAGACAUGAGCAGCUGAAAUUGUGGUUCUAGAUGAUUAUUUUUUACCCUUUAAGCCCCAAUUGAGUGACCAACAUCGAUUUCCUCUAGAUAAUAUCAAUUAAUAAUCAAGGAAAAAGGUUAUAAGAAUUAAUACAAUUGUCACCAGAGGGAGCAUUGAUCUUUCAACAGAGUCUCUCAACAAACACUUUAAGGGAAUCUAUGAAGAUCAGUCUGGAGAAUUUCUAUGAUUGUGAAUUUUGGGAUUUAAAAGCUGUACCGAGAAAGUUAAUCCUGUAAACAACCUUUUCUCUCCCAUGCAAAGUUUAACAGACCUUUCAGGUUCCGGCAAUGAAUUAAGUGUAACCCCAUCAUACGUCAAGUAAUUAAAACGUUUUUAAUUUACCCAGUGGCCAUGGCUUUAACAAAGAUGGGCAACUUUAAAUUUAGUAGAAACAUUCAUUAGCGUUGGGGAAUGCUAUUGGAAGAAGCCAGUGGACAAAAUAAUUAAAGAUCAUUUCAUUGAGUGGAAAACGUGAUGGGUAGAAAUAAAUUUCGGCAGUUUAAUAAUUUUCUCGAAAGUAGAUGAUGUUGGGCUAUCAACCUUAAUUAAACGCUGCAUGAAUAAUUUUAUUGCAGAUGUUCGAAAAGGAGGUGAUGUCUAUAAAUCGUUUGACCAAAUUUUUUCGUAAACAAUUUGCGCAACCUCGUUCCCAGGGUUCUGUCCUACCCGUCCCUACGUUCGUUUAUUUACGAACUGUAACAGGGGCAAAGUCCGACAUCUUCACGUGCAAAUUGUGUGCAUGACAUUUGGUGUGGUUAUACGCACACUAUGGUAAAAUGCAUUUACCAUGUUAACGAAGCAGUGGUAUUUAUUUUAGCGUGGCUUUAGUUUACCGUGGUAACAUGUGGAUUUCAUGUUAUGUUGAACUUUUACAUAUAAAUUAGCUGAAUUUUCAACUGGUAUGUUCGUCCUGAUAAUUUAGCGAAAUUAGAUAGCCUUUUUUCUUUAAUCUUGACCUUAGAUUCCAUUUUACAGUUCCAACUGUUCCAUUGCAUGCCAGGAAUAGAACAUAUUUUUUUGGGGGGAAAUUUCGUUCCUAAAGCUAGCCCAACAAAACAGUUCAAAUUAUCAGAAUUACACCUUAAAAUUUCCCUGUCACUUUCGCUUUAACGUGAAAUCUGCCAUGUAAACAUCGAUCGUUCCCUGAACAGCGCGAAAGAAACCCGUAAAACGCAAUUUGUUGCGGUUUCAUGUUGGUGUAGUCUGAAAUGUCAUAGUCUCCACCCCCUACCCUUGGGGGGCGCGUGGGGAGAGAGACGUCUGAAUUUCGAGCGUUAUAAUGUUGUCCGGUGACGUCACCUACUUUUGCGAAUAUGGUAGGUACUUUCUGAUUGGCUUUUACCUUUCCGAAAUAGAAAACCUUUUAUUAUUGGCUGAACGCGCUAAGGAAACAUCCGGUUUGAAAUAGUGUUGACAGGCUAAACGAGACUAAUUGCUAAACGUGACCUUAGAGUUAAUCUCUCUUCACAAAGUGAAGACUUAUAUCCCGGGCUGCUAUCAUAGUAGCAACUGACGAGGAACCUUUUAAUUCGGAAACUGCAGUCUCGCUUCUCCCUUCAUGACCUCUAAAUGCACUACUAGUACAUUCGCAUAGACUAUUACGCCAAAACAAAGUAGUUGCUAACGGAGGAACUGUGGGACAUCGCACUGAGGACCACAGGAAACAAAUUACUCAAUAUGCAUGAAACAGACCAUCUUCAUGACCUCUAAAUGUUGGAUCAGAGCGGCAAAAGUAAGAUUUUAAUCCUUGUACUACAUAACCUAAGUGAAAGAAAGAAAAAGGGAGCCUCUGUAGUUCAAGCUAACUCGAAGUCCAAGGUCACGUUUCACACUAUCACGAGCUGAUGAGCCGUGUUUAGCGUGUGAACAUUUCAUUUCAAACUCGAAAAGUUUAAAGACCCGGCACAUUUAUUCUGGAGGCUUUAUCGUCAAGCUUCACUGCGCUAAAAACGCAGAACACUUGAUAACGGCCAUAUACACGUUGCUGUUCACUGUUCCAUGGCUUAUAGCUGCCAAAACUGCAAAACCCAACACUUUCACUUGCAAACUGUGUGACUGUACAUUUCAUACAGACUGGCUGUUCACAACAACAAUAUUAGGUAACUUGAACUUAUGACAUGAGACCACCUCUUUAGUUUUGUAACAAGUACCUUAAGUAAGUGAGAGUUAAAGACUGUUUCAUGAAGUAGAAUCGCUCCUGGAAACCUCGUGAACAGUGAUGUUGCAACUAUCUACCCCAAUGAUGAAAAUCGUGACAUCGAUAUUCGAUGAGCCACACUAGGGACCUUAAGCGACGACACCGUUGACGUCUCGCAUGUCAAAAAUGGUAUUUUGUCUCUUUCAGUGCUCAGACUCGACAAAUUCGUAGCGGGAGAUAAAACAAAGGCAUUCAAAUUCGUUUUAUGCGGAAACUUUUGAGCUGGUUGCUAUUCAUGACGUACGGGACGUCAGCGUUCUUAUUGCUUAAGCCCGCUAUUAUUUUAAGAAACCCUGAAGAAUCCUUCGAGUCUUCCCUGGAAGCAACGUUUGUUGAGUUGUUAUUCAUUGUACUUUAAAAAUUUGUUUAAUUUUCAGCAGAUGGCUGAAGGAAAGGCAAAGAAAACCUAAUCAAAAGCAUGAGGAUCGACUAAGCUGUGCCAAACUUUUCGCGUUUUCAUUCACGUACAGCAAAACCAAUUUCACACUAAAAAGUGGUCUAAAUUUAGGAUGAAAAGAGUAGAUUCUUGGUACAGUCACACUGAAGCAUUCAAAAUAGCUCAUGCACGUUAAACGUGGCUGUGUUAAAAAUUUGCAUGUAAUUUGUAACACUUCUUUUAAUGACUGUUUUGUUUAAGCUUUCCUUGAAAUAUUUGGCCUUUGAUGCGUUGAUUACACCAGACAAGGAAAGUGGCUUAAGCCGCCUGCAAUCAGCUUGUAUCGAAGGAGAUGUGGAAACUUUUACGGCGAUCCAGAGUAACAGUCCCAGCAAACUGGACAGUUUUGCAGCUCUGAAUGUCAAGAUCAGAGCCAACUCAUUAUCUUUUCCUAGUAAAUCAGUGUGGGCCGUGUUGAUAUUACAGCAGUCCCCAAGACACAGGCAGAUCUUCACGCGUGUCGAAACAAUCUGUCAGGAGUUUCACUCUCAGUCCCUGCUUCACUUGACUGCAAGGGAAGGACAGGUUCAUCAACUUCGAAGACUAUUGGAUUGCGGCGUGCUUGUUGAUGGUUUGGAGAAUGAUUGGGAUGAACCACAGCAGACGCCUCUUAUGUUGGCUGCCCAAUUUAAUGACGAGGAGGUUGUAGAAUUUCUUAUCGAAAGAGGUGCCUCUCUAGAAAUGCGAGAUGAUCAGGAUCGCACUCCAUUUCAUUAUGCUGCUGAAGGUGGAAAAGUGAGAAAUCUUUUACGACUGAUCGAGCAUGGUGUUGAUGUUUUGCAAAAGGAUGAACAUGGUUACUCAGCUUUACAUUUGGCUGCUUCAAACGGCCAUACAAAUUCCGUUCGGCUGCUCAUCGAACAUGGUGCUGACGUCAAUGAAUUUACGAGUUCCUUAGAUGACCCUGGGUACACUCCUCUCAUGUUAGCUGCUGAAAAGGGACACCUGCAAACUGUUCAGGUUUUGCUACAAAAUGCAGGAGACCCACACAGAGGAAAUGAAAUGGCAUGGUUGCCAUUGCAUUUUGCCGCUAAAGGAGACCAUACAGAAAUGGUUAAAUUCCUUCUUGAACAUGAUGGAAAUGUGUUAGCUGCGACAGCCUGCGGGAAAACCGUCCUUCACCUGGCCACAAGGUUGGAUCUGGUAAUGAUUCUUGUCUAUCGUGGAGCUAACAUCCAAGCUAAAGAUAUCCUCGGAAGAACGCCGUUGCAUGUGGCUGCUGAAAAGGGACAAACCGACACAGUGAAUUAUCUUCUAGACCAUGGUGCUGACGUUAACUCUAGAGACAGGAACCGCGUCCGAGUUCAUUAA